CUUCCCGCGCCAGGAUUGGUCGCACGCCGCUUCGGUGCUCAGCUUUCCUUCUCUCCCAACCCAUCCCCUUUCCCACCGAGCCUCCGGCAGCCGGGGAGUUGGGAAAGAGGAAGAAGAGGAGGAGGUGGAAAAAUUGCUGGGGCCCCAGUCCGGGGCUUGAGCGGCAGAGGCUGACCGGAAGGGGUGGUGGAGGGAGAGGAGGAGGAGAGCAAGUUGGCCGGUAGGAAGGGAGCGCGCCUUCGGGAAGACUUCGGAUUUGGCAUCUAAUGAAAAAUCCAUGCAAAAGAAAUAGAAAUGGCAGGCUUCCUAGAUAAUUUUCGGUGGCCAGAAUGUGAGUGCAUUGAUUGGAGUGAGAGAAGAAACACAGUUGCAUCUGUGGUAGCAGGUGUACUGUUUUUUACAGGUUGGUGGAUAAUGAUUGAUGCAGCAGUGGUAUAUCCUAAACCAGAGCAAAUGAACCAUGCAUUUCAUACAUGUGGAGUAUUUUCCACAUUAGCUUUCUUCAUGAUAAAUGCUGUGUCAAAUGCACAAGUGAGAGGUGAUAGCUAUGAAAGUGGCUGUUUAGGAAGAACAGGUGCUCGAGUUUGGCUUUUCAUUGGUUUCAUGUUGAUGUUUGGUUCGCUUAUUGCUUCAAUGUGGAUUCUUUUUGGUGCAUAUGUUACUCAAAAUACUAAUGUUUAUCCAGGACUAGCUGUAUUUUUUCAAAAUGCACUUAUAUUUUUUAGUACCCUCAUCUACAAAUUUGGACGAACAGAAGAGUUAUGGGGAUAAAUCACUAAUUGCAUCAAAAAUCAUUUUGUUAUAUUCUAUAUGUAUGAAAUUUUCUCUUCCACUUUGAUUUACAUUUUGCUAGUGGAUUGUACAUUAAAUGUUGUCAAAUUGUUUUCCUUUUAUGCCAGUAACUACUUUGAUGUAGUUUCUACCCUUUAUUUCAUUUCAUAGAUUGUGAAUAUGUACAUAUAUGGAUGUAUAUAUUAUUAUAGAUGGUGGAAAAUACUUGUUUUUUAUUCUUGCACACUUAAGGCUUGAUCUGUGCUCUCUGAGCAAGGUUGCAUCAUGUCACUUUAGAGCUUAUUGACAAUGCUUGUGUAUGCUGUUUCUAACUACCGAAGAUGUGCAAAAAUAAAUCAGUGAAUAUCUGAAAUCAGCACUUACCCGUUAGUUCAGAAGGGCAUUUCAAUAAGUUGUAUUUGUUUUGGCAGAGAAAAUGAGCGUGUUUUGGUUUUUUCUUUUUAAUGCUUGCAUUAAAGUGGAACAUAAAUGUAUAUGAACAUUUUUUAAAUACCCAAAGGACUAAUUUGGAAAUAACUUUUGAAGAAAAAAUGUUUCUGAAUGGCAAGGCUCUGAAAUGGGAUAGUGUACAACUAAUUAGCUUAGAUUUAAUGUGGUUAAAGUAAAAUGACCACAAAACUUGGCAACAUAAUUCUUAGAAAAUGCAAGUAAAAUAGUCUGUGUAUUGUGCUUUUCUUUUUACAAUCUAUAGAUUAUAUGACAGCAUUAUAAGUUCAUGUUAAAGCAUAUUGGCUUGAAAGAAUCAAGAUUUAAGAGCGCAGAGUAGUACAACAGAUACUUUUACUGUAAUGGAAGGUAUAGGGAAAACAUUAAAAAAUAGUUUUACUUCCAAAAGGGUACUGCCACUAUGUUGUUUAAGAAAUAAGCAUUCUAUCCACUUAUUUGCAAGACUGAAAGCCCCUAUUCUAAUGUAUUCAUUGAACUUUGGGUGAACUGUUGUAAAAUACACUGAGAAAAUUUUGCAGGCAUGUAUCAUAUUACAAUCAUAGCUCUAAUUUAUUGAGUUGCAUUAGCCAAGUAAGCACAAAUACACAGUGUAGUCUCAAGGGAAUUGUUUGAAUAUUGUCACUAUCUCAUAUUACACUCUGACUUGUUACACAGGUUUUGGUUGUGUUUUAUUUUUCCCUGGUUUUACAGAUUAUUUUUCUUGUCUCUAAGACAGACUCUAUAAAACAAAUAGCAUUAAAAUGCAGCUUUAAAAAUAUGUUCUGAGAAUUUCCUUUGCACAGAAUAUGACGCAAAUUGUGGAAAGCUGUGCUAUUGUGUACACUUAAUCCUUUUUACUGCUUGUUUGUGUGCUUUUGUUUAAAAACCUUGGCAACCUUUUAUUUUCUCAAACUUUUAUUUUCUCAAAGCAUCUUUGAAGUCCCUUUUUAUGUCCCCUCAGUUGUAACUUAUUUUAAAUACAAUAAAUAUUUCUUUUAAGGGUG